GAGAAAAAGAGGGGGAGAGAGAGAGAGGGAGCAAGAGAGCGAUGAACAAGGAAUGUGCCACUAAUAAGAAACCGGAGCGUCGCUGAGGACGCAAGAGAGGAAGGCAAAAGAGGGAACGGCUGAAGAAAAACGACUAGAAAUGCGAUAAAAAGUAGCGAAGGGCAGCGAAAAGGGGCAAAACACAGCCAACACGUGAAUGGAAGGAUUAUAAUCCACCGUUGGAGGGAUUUUGACGCUCCCCAUGCGGAGAUUUGAACCAUGCAGGGACUGCUGCUGCUUCUGAGUUUGGCGUUGAGUUUUCACAGAGUGCGGACGGCACGGUUCUCUCAGGAGCCUGCAGACCAGUCAGUGGUUUUGGGCCAGAGGGUGGUCCUGUCCUGCGUGGUCUUCAACUAUUCGGGCAUUGUGCAGUGGACCAAGGAUGGACUGGCCUUAGGCAUCGGAGAAGACCUCCGGGCCUGGCCGCGGUAUCGCGUGUUGCGGCUGGUGGAUGUCGGGCAGUAUAAUUUGGAGAUCUCAUCUGCUGAACUCUCAGACGACUCUCUCUAUGAGUGCCAGGCCACAGAGGCAGCGCUGCGCUCGCGACGGGCCAAACUCACCGUCCUCAUUCCUCCCGAUGAGCCGGUGAUUGAGGGCGCCCCGGAGAUCCUCCUCACAGCGGGGGUCCCAUACAACAUGAGCUGCGUUUCCCGCGGAGCCAAACCCGCCUCUGUCAUAGAGUGGCAGAAAGACGGCUUGCCGAUAGAAGGGGCCGUCAGCACCACGGAGGUGCUUCCAGACAGGAAACGUGUGACCACACGCAGUUACCUGCCCGUUCUACCAGUAAAUACAGACACGGGGAAGAACUUCACCUGUGUCGCUACUAAUCUGGCCGUGCCAGUGGGCAAACGGGCCACCAUCUCCCUCAACGUACACCACCCACCGGUGGUGACGUUAUCCAUUGAGCCUCGCUCUGUAUUGGAAGGAGACAGAGUGACCUUCACCUGCCAAGCUACUGCCAACCCACCUAUUAUGGGUUAUAAGUGGGCAAAGGGAGGUGUGGUCAUACAGGGGGCGAGAGAGAGUGUUUUUGUCACCAAGGCUGACCACUCUUUCUUCACCGAGCCUGUGUCCUGCCAAGUGUUCAAUGCUGUGGGCAGCACAAACGUCAGCAUACUCGUCGAUGUCCACUUUGGACCGAUUCUGGUUGUAGAGCCUAAACCAGUAACGGUGGACGUAGACUCAGACGUCACUUUAAAUUGCAAGUGGGCGGGAAAUCCUCCCCUCACACUAACCUGGACAAAGAAGGGUUCAAGCAUGGUUUUGAGUAAUAAUAACCAGCUCUAUCUGAAGUCAGUAAGUCAAGCAGAUGCUGGUCAGUAUGUGUGUAAGGCCAUCGUGCCCAGGAUCGGAGUGGGUGAAACAGAGGUCACACUCACCGUCAACGGUCCACCCAUCAUCUCAAGUGAACCAGUCCAGUAUGCAGUUCGAGGCGAGAGAGGGGAAGUCAAGUGUUAUAUUGCCAGCACGCCUCCUCCUGACAAAAUUGUGUGGGCAUGGAAGGAAAAUGUGUGGGAAAAAGAAAAGGGCACCCUAUCAGAACGAUACACGGUAGAACAGAGCAAAAUGCCCGCACAGGGCGGCGCGGUGCUCUCCACCCUCACCAUCAACAACGUCAUGGAGUCAGACUUCCAGUCCACAUACAACUGCACCGCCUGGAAUUCAUUCGGACCUGGGACCAUGAUCAUCACACUAGAAGAGACUGAAAGAGUGCCGGUUGGGAUCAUUGCAGGAGUCACCGUCUGCUGUUCGAUUCUGCUUCUGCUGUGUUUGCUAGCAUUAGUGCUGUUUUUGUAUCGGCAACGCAAAGGAAGUCGUCGAGGGGUCACGCUCGGCAAGCCAGAUAUCAAGGUAGAGACUAUAAACAAAGAGACCCACAGCCUGGAGGAAGACUCGGGGAGCGUCUCCACGGCAACACGCAUGGUUAAGGCCAUGUACUCGUUUUUACCUUCUGUGACCCUCUCUCCCUCCUCCCAGCCUUUUAAAGAUGACAUUGACCUCAAACAGGAGUUACGCAGUGACACGCUGGACACGCGCCAGGACUACGAGCUCAAGGACCCAACAAACGGCUACUACAAUGUGCGAGCUUCCACCCAUGAUGAGGGACGUCCCGCCUCCCGAUCCAUGCACUACUCAGACUAUCGCACCUCUGGCCAGCCAGGGGGUGCCGCGGCCGUUGUGAGCGGUAGCUCAGGAGCUCCCGGAGCUACUGCAGGUCCGGGAACACCGAGCAGCUUGGCACCAGGCUCACGAGCGGGCUGCUAUGACCCCCGCCCUCCCUCUAGACUCUCGCACAACAGCUACGCCCAAUUCAACACGUUCACCCGCGCCGGGCAGUCCCAGCAGCCUCCGCCCAGCUCUGGCCCACAGACUAGCGACUUCACCGCUGAAUGCAGCCUCUUGGACUCUACCGGUCAGCUCGGAUACGAAAAUUACGGCUACCCGCACUAUCCAACGUUUCGGAUGGGUUUUGGUCCGCCUAGCCUCGCCCCGUUAGAAGGUGGCCCGGCGUAUGAGAUGUACGGAGUCGGGCCGAGCGUCAGCGCAGGAGGAACCGGAACCCCAGAGACUGGACUUGGGAAAUACGGCAGUUCCACACGGUUCUCCUACACCUCCCAGCAUUCUGAUUAUUCCCACCGACACACACAGAGGAUGCAGACACAUGUGUAAGAGAGAAGCGUCACAUGUGCGUAACAUAAGUUACGCUGAUGUUAUGCCGAUAUCGGCCAUAUAAGUACACACACUCACACAGAUACACAGGAUGGAAAUAAUGAAUGAAACAGAGAUAAACACGAAGGGUGAACGAACAAAGAGAAGCUCUGAGUAAACGGAGGCUGAGAAAUGAGAAUGGGAUCCAGGGCAGGAGCGUCUUUGCGUUUAUUUCCCAGCUCCAGGAGCUGAAAGCGAAAGUCACAAUCAAGACUGGUGUCUAGAAAAGAUCUAAGAUCUUUAUACCGUUCACUAAAUCCUGAAUGCUUUUUAUAAGCAUGGUCACAAAGGUAAUUCCUGAGAAAUGAAGGGUGCCUCUUAUAGGCUUAUAGUCUUGUUUUACAGUGGUCUCUGACAGAGAUGGUCAUGUACAUGUAUGAAUUCUCUUCAAUGGCUUCUUCAACUUCUCUCCUUAGGCUUAGCGUAGUUUAAAGGGCAUUUAAUGACAAAUUGCACAAUAUACAGUGGGGUCCAAAAAUCUGAGACCACCAAAAUUUUUUUUCAUUUCUUAUUUAAAUUUUGACGUAAACUGAAAAUUUCCUGAUUUAAAAAAAAAAUGUAAACCUGGAAAUGAAGCCUACACAAUUUUUAAGCUGCUAAUCAAAAGUAAAUUCAUGCUGGAUUACAUGAAUCACCUGUAGAAAAAUCUAGAUAUGUUUUGGACAAACUCUGCAGAAUUCUGUAUGAUGGAUUUAAGUAUAGUAAUAGGGAUGAAACGAUAUUAUCAAUAUCGUGGUGUCGCGAUAGCAAAACUCGAUAUUAUCGUGGUCACAUGACAUAUGAAACGAUAGGUCUUCUGGGCAAAAGUAUAGUUAUUAAAAUAUAUUUAAACUGCUUAUUCUAACAUAAAAGUUCUUUAUAGUUGUGCUUUGAAGCAUUGUGCUUUGACACAGUAUCUGUUAAACAAACUAAAACCGAAAGCACAAUAUGGCUUAAUUUUGCUGCGCGUUUCAAAGCGAUCAGUUUGUGAUCCAAUAUUGUCUGCGUCUCACAACAGCUCCGUUCACAGUUUAUUGCAUGUGCUGUGAGUUUAGCGCACGUUUGAGAACGCAAAGGUCAGCAGUUAUGCUUUAUUUUCACUGCAGAUGAUUACAGCAUUUCACUAGAUUUGUAGUGAAACACGUUUCUGUAAGCCUGAGAAAUCGGGAAAAGAAAAGAAAUUGGGAAAGAAGUUUUGUAAUUUCCCUGCUGUAAUGUAAAGCAAAAAUAAUUUACCUAUGAAAUUUUCAGGAACAUGGGUUGGAGCUCUCAAUUUUAAACUGUCAAAGUGCAUUAGACAGAAUAAUUUAACUUUAAAAUGUACAAUUUGUUUUUUUUUCAAUUCUUAAUUUGUCUUUUUCUAAAAAAAAAAAAAAAAAAAUCGAUAUUAUCAUAUUGUGACAUUUUGAUAUUGUUACAUCCCUAUAUAAUAAUAAUGUGUUUACCAUAUUUAAAGGGAUAGUUCACCUAAAAAUUAAGAAUUUUUCCAUUAAUUACUUAACCUAAAGCUGUUCCAGACAUGUAUUAAUUUCUUUUUUCUGUUGAACACAAAAGAAGAUAUUUUGAAAAAUCUUGGUAACCAAACAGUUGAUGGUCCAACAGUUGAUGGUCCCCAUUGACUCCCAUAGUAUUUUUUUAAAACCAAGGAAGUCAAUAGGGACUAUAUAAAAUUCUUCAAAAUAUCUUCUUUUAUGUUUCAAAGAAGAAAGAAUGUAGAGUAAAUAAGGACAAAAAGGGGUCUAAAGAUGAUUUAAAAUGAUUUAAAAUAAGACUAAAUAAAAUAAAUAUUAAAAUAUGAUAAGACUACUAAAAAUUGGGAACCAGGGUUAAAACUGCCUUAAAAACAAGGAUACUGUAUAUAAUGUAGCCUAAUUUUAGAAGUGUGAUUUUUAGACCUGGAAAACAGGGUUGCCAGGUUUUCACAACAAAACCCGCCCAAUUGCUACUCAAAACUAGCCCAAAACUAUCACGUUUUGAGGUGGGUCCCCUGGUAAAAAUUGUGUUCCGCUUCAACCCGCAGACAUCAAAAAUGACCCGCGGUGACAGUGUUAAAGUAGCCCAAUUCCAUGGAAAACCUGCUGGAAAAGUCAUAGACAUUAAUAAAAUCUUUCCCCAUUUCUAUAAUGAAUAUACAAUUUUUUUUUUUUUUAAUCUUAAUCUUAAUCUUAUCCAGCAAUUCACAGACAAAUUAGCCAUUUUUUUUUUUUUUAAUAAUAAUAAUAAUAAUAAUAAUAUUAAGAUAUUCGAAAAUAAGACUUUUAGACCUCACUGUAAAUGGUUACCAGUGUCACAAAAUAUCAAAAUAUCUUUAUUUUUCCAUUCAUUCUCAAAUGAAGGUCGACAAAGAAAAUGAAGAGCACACAACACUCGUACAACACUCUUGAUUACCAAAGCAACAUAUUUUGAGACUAGAUAAUUCUUUAUUAUUUUGCGUGUAAAUCAGCAUCUACCUGGCUGUCCAGCUUGCUGAGCUACCUCGUCAAACAGGUUACUAGCCUUCCAAUGCAGCGACCAACUGGUGGAAAGGUCCAACUCGAUUGAAAAAAGCACUUUUUGGCAUUCGCAAUAAAUCUCAUUACCCUUUAAAUUUCAACAUUAUGACAGAGAGCAGCUGAGGAAGCCAUUCGACCGUUUUCAGACAUGCCAUUUAGUUCACUAUCCUACAAAUAGUUCAGAACCAUGGAAUAUAUAUAAAUCUAUUUACAUAUUCAUAUACAGGAAUGCCCCACUCUUUUCCAUGGUGCUUUUGUAGUGGGGUCAUUGUUUGCACUGCAUUCCAGUAUUCUAGCUUAGAUUACCCUCAUAAUCGAUAUGUAAUCUCUCAUUUGCACACUAGGCUAGAGCGUUCUCUCUCUACGUUUCGAAUAUUACCGAAAAUCUUCUUUUUUUGUCAUAUUUCUGUAAGUGAUUCUGGACCAAAGGUUCAACGUUAGAGUAUCAGUCUUUAUUUGGGUGAUAUUCACCUCAACGAACAAGAAAAUAUGCAGAUUUGUUUGUUAUCGUUGUUUGCGAAUUUAUUCGGUCGCGAGUGACCUAGAGUUUUUCUUCUUUCUUCUUCUUUUUUUGUUUAAUUUGAGGGUUGGGAACAGCAGAGAAGGUCUGAAACUGAUCCAGCCUUAGGUAUCCAAACUCACCCUUACUGAUCUAAGAUCAGGCUGCUAUCACAUUCGUCUUAAAGAUUGCGAAGAUCAAAUUGGAACUAAUUUAUGGUCAAAGGUCUGGAGUGAUUUUUAACGUCAGUAGGACUUUCAAGUGAAGUUUGAGAUGGGAGAGUCUUUCACUCACUUAUUCACACAGACACACACCUGAUAUUUGUGCCAAACACAAACGACUAACUUGAAGUAUUUUCCGCCAAUUAAGAAAAACUACCUUACGGGGACCAGAGAUGGUCUUUGGCUAUGAACUGUCUUCAACGGGUUUUGAAGGAUGCCAUUAUCAAAGCAAUGAUGACAAAGGAGAAACGUGAGGAUGAAGACAAUCCCUCCGAACAGUGAGGUACUCGCUCUCUGCGACUAGUUUUCGUCUUCGUCCGCAUUUCGAACGAGCCUUGUAAAUACUUUCCCAUGUGUAAUUCCGACUUCAAGUAUUAUUUUACAUCAUCCAAUGUGAUGCACUCUUUAAAUGCAGUAUUGUUAUGUUUUCAAUUGCGCGAAGAAGGUUGACAAACACUAUAGCGAUGGUACUUUCUUGACUUGAGCGGACGAUGAGUAGCUCGGUUGGAGCCAGUACGAUACCAAGAGGAUCCGGAAACAUCUUGAUGACCUGCUUGAGCUGCCAAUCACUCAUCCUUUAUAUCGAUGGCCUGGGGAAAACCUUGUGGGACACGUGACCCACUAAGACAGUAUUUUGCAUUCCCCGUCCCAUCUAAGAACUUGAAGCUCCAUGAAGACGAGAAGAAGGAAUAUAUGAAGGAGUGAACAAAAUAAAGAGUGGCCUUAGGAAAACAUGACUUUUAUAUUCCCUCACUUUAUAAACCGGCUUAAGGCCAGACGAGUGCGUGCAGAUGACGGUAUGUGUGUGUUUUUGUGUGUGCGACUGAGCGCGAGUGUGCGUAUAUGAAAAUCUUUAUGUAAUCCGUUCAUUUACUUCUCUCACGUUCCUGCUCCAAUACUUUUCUUCUGCUGGUAGGAGUGUAUCCUGUAUAAUUGUGUCUUAGAAAAUAAACGUUGACCUUACUGUACUGUUCUUGGUAGCUGAAAAAUGUUUGACAGAUGUAAAACAAAAGUUAUUGAUUUUUUUUUUUAUUUCCCUUUGAUUUUUUCCAAUAUUUUUUAAAAAUGUUACGUAAUUAUUUUUUCACAGUAUAUCAGAAAUAAAAGCACUGUUUUUCUAAGAAUCAA